CCCAGAACAAUCUUCUUGAUCGCUGCACUCGUCCACGGGAAUUGAAGCUGAAGAGCUCUCGGCAAAAAUGGAAGCAACGAAAUCAAGAAGAGAACCCAGCAAAAGAAAACCCUUCACUGAUCUCAGCAACACAACUCCAUCAUCUCUGCCUUCUUCAGUCUUAUCCUCUUCUUCAAUUAAACCCCAAACCAAAUCUUCACACUCCUGGCCUCUUAAAUCCCUUUUCAACGACAACCCCAAUGCAGAUCUUAACUCUAACGCUAUUUUUACUGCAACCGCAUCCCCAAUGAAUGCUAAUCAUAAAAAUGACAAGAAGAAUAAGGAAGACAAGGUAAAAGGUCCAAGUAACGAGGAAAACCCUAGCCCAACCAUAUCUCCGCCGCCCAAAACUCCUUCUGUUUCAGGCGAUGGUGAUUCUUUACUUUCCGAGUUGUCUACGGUUUACAAAAGGAGGCAGACUGCUGAAAAAAGGAAGAACAAUGGGAAGGGGAUUAUGGAGCCUUCGAGUUGCUCUCUUGAAACAAGGAUGCCAAACCUAAGGAAGAAAACAUAUGGAGAUGGUGAUAUUGGUCUUUCCAAAUCAUGUCCGAUGCCUUGUAGAAAGAAACAACACCGAGAGAAGGCCAAGGUAUAUGCUUACAAGCAUGACUUACCCCAAGAUUUCAUUGACAGGCAGAGAGCCUAUUUUGCGAAGAUUGAUGCAUUUGAACUGGAAGAGGAGGUAGCAUCAGCUGAUGAGUCCGAAAAGAUGAAAAAAUGUAAAUAGUAAAUGAUUUAGGUUAAUACAAUUUAGGUGCUCUAAUCCUGUAAUCUCCAUCUGUUGUGUUACUGACAAAUUUCUCGUAAUAACCACAUUACCAAGUCAUAUCAGAUGUUUGAGUCUUCACCAUCAUUGGCUAUUGUAUAUCUUGUGGUAGUCUAGUUUACAGCAUUGGAAUAUUCUAGUCGACGGUUAAUCUAU